CCUUCCCUUCAUUCUCCUCAUUCCUCUUUUUGACUGUGUUAUAAACUAGCCUGCUGUGUAGGUUGUUUCUGUUCCUUCAGCAUGCCUCACAUUGGGCAUGAUUUUGCCCGUGGGCUUGGGUUUGGUGGAAUUUGUCCCAUCUCAGCCAAGAAGUGGGACUUGGGCCAUCCCAGUUCAAACAGAUAUGGGGACGUUGCAUGGUGUUUCUCUGAGCCUGCAGUUGCUCCAGGGUUUCUCUGCCAGGCAGGUUCUUCUGGGCAGGUGUCUCUGGGCUGUCCUGGAUGCAGCACCCAGUAUCUCUGUGGGGCACAGAGUCUGUUGCUCUUGGCUGCUCCAUGCGUGUGGUACCCAAGGAGAGGCAGCUGCCCUGCUGUCCCCAGCCGCAGUGCCCUUUGCUCUUCUGGGGAUCAUCCUGUUCCUGCCUUUCCCCCAUGCCGCAGCACAGAGGCCUCCCGAGGAGCACUUGAGGCUUUCCUGAGUGUCCUGCCCCCAGCUGCAGGGCUGCAGCCCCCAUGAGCCAGCCCCUGGUGCAGGGUUUGGUGCCUGCUUGGGGUUGUGCCUGUCCUGGCCACGGUGCUACUAGGCAGGGUCUGUGACUGGCCCUGGGAGCAGCCGCUGCAGACCAGGGCUCCCAGCUGUGGCGCCUCCGGCUGCCCAGGAACAGGAGCAGCCACUUGUGCAGGGAAGUUCCUGUGGUGUGGGAAAGCCCUGCAGGUGCCUGACCCGUGCAGGGAAGGGGCAGUGAGCUGCAAACAGGUCUCAGGGCCAAGGUGGCUGGAGCAGAGCCCAAAGGAAGGACUUGCUGGCAGGACUUGAUGUGGUGCAGCAUGAGGGGCUCCUCCUCACUGCAGUCAAACAAACUGAACUCCCAGGGAGUCAGCGCCAGCAGUCCCGUGGAAGGAUGGAGCAUCCAGGACAAUUGUCUUGGCAGGUGCUGGCAGGGAGUGGGGUUCAUCCGUGGGAGCAGGGGAGGGUUUGUUGUUGUCUGUGAUCCCAGUGAGUCUGGCAGCAGUCACAGUGUGCAGUCAGGGCUCCGCUUCACCGGUCCUUGAGACAUCCCAGCUUCAAUGCGGGGCAGGAGGAUAAUGGCUCAGCAGUUGUGUGCAGCCACAGGCGCUGCCGGCAGCGCAGCUGGCAUGGAGGAAGGGUCAGGCAGGUUCCACUGUUGUGCUUUGCAUAAGCUGACCCCGUGAAGUGAGGCACUGGGAGUGGGAGCUUUCUGAAGUCUGAGCUCUGGUUUGGGGCUCGCUCAAGCCUUGCCAGUGUCAGAAGUGUUGGCAGGGGUUUUCUGUGCUGUGCCUUUUCCCCAGCUGUCGCAGUUGCUGUCUCAGAGUUUCCCCAAGCCAAAACCUGUCUGUGUCUGGUUUGGGUUUCAGUAAAUUUCAGAUGCUAUUUUUUGCCACCUCUACCUUUCUGUGUGCGUGAAAAACAGCACUCCCAUCUCCCUUUGUUCGGGGAACGUGGGCAAUUCAGCAAAUAAAAGAUGGGCAGUGCCUAAAAGCAACCACGUAGCCAAAAUAAAACAUGGGUAGGAUGUGAAUUCUCCAUAUGGGAUGUGGGUCAGUGAUGGGCUGAUCUCGCUGGGGAACUGGCAUGUGGGAAGCAGUACGUGCGCUGAGCAGGUCAUAAACAAGUUAUGCUGCUGUUACGGAGACGUGCAAUUUCUCUAAUUCUAGGUUAGCUUUAGGCUGUUGCAGGCUCCUUUUGGAGAGGGUGCACAAGCAGUUCCAUGGUGUGCAUGGCCCCCAAAGAUCCCUCAUUGCUUUUCAUCAGGCAGUUAUUGACACAGGUUCUGGCUGUGCAGGCUUAGUUAAUUACUCUGCUUCCUGAAAUUCCUGCUGCAAGAUGAAGGUGGAUUUAGGGCUAUUUUGUUUAUUCUGAAACAGAGCUCUAAACCAGAGCUGGAAAAGUCCAGCAGAAGCAGACAGUACUAAAAAAUCCAGUAUCAGACGUGGCUUCCAUGGGACAGGCUCUGCAGUGGGGCAGAGGCAGUGCAGAAAGCUGCCAUCCUUAUCCAGCAGCCCUGGGGUGUUUGCUGUGCUUGGUUUGUCGUGGGGUUGUCAGUACAGAUUAGGGUUUCUCUUUCUUUCCAAGCCCCCAACAUGCAGAGAACCAGGAGUGUUCCCACACUCUAUUUUCGGAUCUCUCCCAGCCCAGCUGCAGGGUUGAGUUGUGAUUUGUGGGGCAGGAAGGCCUGUGGAGUUUUCUUAAACUACUGCUGUGCUGCUUGGAAAAGGCCCUUCUGUAAUUGCAGCCUGUGCCGUGGCUUUGAGGGCCUCAGGAUGCAAACCCGAGAGGCAAAAUCAAACCUGAAUGAUCUGCUCUUUGUGUACUUCUUAAAGGAAAGGUCCACACGAGCUUUGUGGAGGUUCUGCUGUGUGCUCCACACCUGACCCAGGGCAGCAGUGCUUCUGCUCUGUGCUCCUAGUGAAAUGGGCACCAUGUUCCAGGCCUACACCAAAAGGGAAUUUUUCUUUCAAGCCUAACCCCAGGUAAUCCUCGAAGCCUCACUGACUUCAUGGGUUGAAAGACUGACUUGGAAAUGAGCGCUGCUUUGCCUGAUUUGGGGUUGCUCAGAGGUGUUCAAUUCUGCCACUGUGAGCUGAUGAGAGCAGGUACUUCAGCACAGCUCUGUUCUUUUCUGUCCUGUCCCUGCCCAUUGCUGUGUCCGUGCUGCAGUGAGCCCCUUUGCUGGCACUGUGACUACAUGAAGCAAGUGCUGUGGCUCUGAGGCUCUCCUGGCGUGGCAGCUGGUGAGGCAGAGCCCUGUGUGCUGGCACAGAGAGCGUGUCUCUGGCCUCACAGCUGCAGCCUGUCCUGAAGAAGGCUGAGGCUGCCAGUGGUGGUGAGGAUAAUGGAGUGUGACCCACGACAACGUGGCCUUCUGCCUCCCAGCCUGGUGUCUGGCAUGGCCAGAGGACCACAGAGGGGCUGAGCCCCAGGCAGGAUCUGCCACAGAGGAAGAACCAGAGGCUGGUGGGAGCUGUCUCCCAUCAGGAAACUGACAGGAGGAAGAGAAGACGAGGGUGAGGUGAGGUGAGGCUGGCAGCAGGAGUGGAAAUAUUGGGUUGAAUCUCCAGCCCUGGUUCUCUUGGAUGCCGUGACCUACUCAGCACCAGCUCCGGGACUGUAGCCAAGGUGGUGCGAGCAUCUGCUGCGUGGCAGGAUGGAGCACCAAGUCCUUCUGGCUGCCUUGUUCUGCCAGUGCCUUCAAACAGCGCUGUGAGGCCAGCAGGGACUGUCUUUGGGGUGGCAGAGGGCAGCUGUGGCUGCCCAGCCUGGGCACUCUGGCUGGGCAGCACUGACAGCAGGCAUUGCCCUCAGCUGCUGCUGGGUGCACAUUCAGGGUCUCUCUGUCUUUGAGGGAACCUCUUGGGAGCUGCACCUCAGUUUGUCUGUGAAUUGGAGGGAGAGACAAGGGCUGGAUGAUCCUGUGACAGUACAGUGCUGGGGAUUAAUUGGCUCAGAGCUGUUCUAAGGUGCAAACUAAGAGCUGGUUGUUCACAGCACGUUGGGGCCUGAUUCUCUUCCUGAACUACAUCUCCAUGCCUGCCAAAGUUUUUCUGCUGCUACACAGAAGGAUGUGUUUUCAGCAGAGGCUUCCAUGUGGAAGAUUUGAAAAAAUGAAAUAAAAAGUAACUCCAAGCUUGGAAUGGUGCUGCCAGGGAGAAUGUUUACAAGGAAGCAGCCUGAUAAACAAGGAAAAUCGGUGAGUUGUAAAGAGGUGAAAUUGUACAGUGUGGCAACAAUUCCCAGCUUGUCAGAGCCUCACAGCGGUCACAGCCACCUCAGGCUGACUGCAGGAUCUCCGUUUUUACAGGCAGCCUCAGGAAGCCAGGCUGGACUGAAAAAGUAACAGAAUUAUGUGGAACUUGUCUGAGUCACUGACCCUACAUCUCCACAAGUUCUUUCAGGGCACUGCCGUGAAGGAGGACCAGAGGAGGCUGCAGCUGAGAGGAGAUCUGCCCUUUCUGGUCACCAAGGAUUUCAGAUCUCCUCCCCUAGCCUCUCCCAGUCUUUUGUACUUUCUGCGUUAAUCCAUCCAGUGCAGCAUACACUGACAGAGGCAGGAGCUGGAAAGCCUGCUUUGAAAGCCUCUGAAUGCUGCUGGACCAGCUGGAGGCAUGAACCUGAAAACCGUGCUCAUCCUCCUUGGUCUGGCAUUAGCCACAAUAUUCGCUUUGGUCUGCGUGUUGCUGACCAGAGGAAGGAGCCCCAGAAGCUGCCAGCACCUGCACCCGGAGCAGGAGGACAUGGAGGAUGGCCAGAGCCUGGUCUUUGCUGACCUGACACCUGAGGAGAUGUCCCAGGUGGUGCGGUACCUGCAGGGAAAGCUCGGGGUGCCGCUGGUUGAGGCCUCGCGUGCCAAACCCUCGGACAACUGCAUCGCCUCCGUGGAUCUGCAGGUCCCCGCCAAGGCAGAGGUGCUGCGGUUCCUGGACGCAGGGGGGGCUCGUCCCGCCCGGGAGGCGCUGGCUGUGCUGUACUUUGGGAACCAGGCAGACCCCAACAUCACCGAGUACGUGGUGGGGCCGCUGCCGACGCCAGUGUACCACCGAGACGUGACGGUGCAGAAGUACGGGGGGAAGGUGCCCUACCACCGCAGACCAAUGCUGGGCAGCGAGUACAAGCAGCUGGGAGUGUUCUUGGAGACGGUGGCAUUUGCUGCAGCACCGACCUUCCUCAAAGAAGUCUUUGAGUAUGACAGAACCAAUGUGGCAUUUCAGACCACAGUCCCUCAUGGAUUCCAGUCUGGAGAUCGGGUCACCUGGUUCGUCCUGUUUCAGAACGUGAGUGGAUUCUUUGUGCACCCGGUGGGGCUGGAGGUGCUGGUGGACCACAGCAGCCUGGACAUCUCGCAGUGGGCGGUGAGCAGGGUCUUCUACAAUGGGCAGUACUACAGGGACAUGGUUCAUCUGGAGAGUGCCUAUGUGCAGGGUCGUAUCAGCGUGGAGAAGAUGAGGAAGGCACCGUGGGAUGGGGACUUCUCGUCCAUGAAGCCUCGGGCGCCUGCGGCCGCGCUGUUCCCAGUGCAGUACGAGCCGCAGGGUCCCCGCUACAGCGUCAGGAACAACCACGUCCUCUUCCAGGCCUGGAGCUUUGCCUUUGGGAUGAGCGUGAGCACGGGCCUGCGGCUGUUUGACAUCCGACACAAGGGGGAGAGGGUUGCCUAUGAAAUCAGCGUGCAAGAGGCGCUGUCAGUGUACGGCUCCAACUGCCCGGGAGGGAUGUCCACGCGCUACAUGGACGGCAGCUUUGGCCUGGGGCGCUACACCUCCCCCUUGGUGCGAGGGGUCGACUGCCCGUACCUGGCCACCUACGUGGACACACACUCUCUGUCUGAGAGCCUGAGGCCCAGGAAGGGGAAAGCUUCGCUCUGCAUCUUUGAGCAGAACCUGGGCUCCCCUCUGAGGCGCCACUACUCCAACUUGCAGUCGCUCUACUACGGGGGGCUGGUCAACUCCGCUCUGGUCGUUCGGUCCAUUGCCACUGUGGGCAACUAUGACUAUGUGUGGGACUUCAUCUUCUACCAGAACGGGGCCAUGGAGGGCAAGGUGCAGGCCACGGGGUACCCAAGCUCAUCCUUUCUUCAUGGGGAUGGCCUGAGAUACGGCAAUAGGCUUUGGGAGCACACGCUGGGUACCAUACACACCCAUUUUGUCAACUAUAAGGUGGACUUGGAUGUGGGAGGGGUGAAAAACUCCCUCGUGGCCCAUGACAUGGCAUUUGAGAUGACACGGGCUCCCUGGAGCCCAGAGCAGCAGAUAGAGCGGCCACGACUCACCAAGAAAGUCCUGGACACGGAAGACCAGGCUGCCUUCCGACUCCAGUCAAAGAUGCCCAGAUACAUCUACUUCGCAGCCAACAGCAAAAACAAGUGGGGCCACCAGCGUGGCUACAGGAUCCAGAUCACCAGUUUUGCAGGGGACCACAUCCCCGAAGCCAGUUCCAUGGAGAGGGCCAUCAGCUGGGCAAGGUACCAGCUGGCCGUCACCCGGAGGAAGGAGGAGGAGCCCACCAGCACCAGCAUCUACAACCAGAAUGACCCCUGGACACCCACUGUCACCUUUGCUGACUUCAUCAACAACGAGACCAUCACCAACGAGGACCUGGUUGCCUGGAUAACUGCUGGCUUCCUUCACAUUCCACACUCUGAGGAUAUUCCCAACACUGUGACCGUGGGAAACUCGGUCGGUUUUCUCCUGAGACCCUACAACUACUAUGACCUGGACCCCUCUAUAUACUCCCACGAUGGUGUGUUUUUCACCAGCCAGCAGGACUUUACAGCAUGUGAAAUCAACCCUCUUGCCUGCUUGCCCAAAACUGCCUCUUGUUUGCCAAACUUCCCCCCAUUCACCUAUGAUGGUUUUCAAAAUAUGAGCAGGCUUUAAUGCUACAGGACGGUGUGAGGAGAUGUGGUCAGAGACACCAGGCUGACCGUUCUGUCUCCGAUUUUCAGCUUUUUAGUGAAGUUGUCUCAAUUUCCAGUUGUCCGGUGACUUCACAUUUUAUCAUUGCUUUUGAAAUAGUGCUCUUGAAAAGGGAAGCGUGAUUUUCCUAGUGUGAUACCAGAUGGAAGUCUACGUUAUCUGUUAAUUCCUGAAUCUGAGUCUGUCACUAGAGGAAAGUGAGGAGAAAAUCCUGUUCCUCUGCUGUAGAAGCAAGUGCUGUGUAGUGCAUAUCUCAGGUCAAAAUAAUGAAAAUGGUGCUGGUCCAAUGC